AUGACAGCCUUCACCGAGUUCGAAGCCGGCCAUCGGGACUUGGUGACUGUGACCAAGUUCAACUUCUACGGCAAUCGCAUCUUGACAGCCUCUGCGGAUCACCGAAUUAAAGUGUGGGAUCAAAAGGACGAUGGCUGGGAGCUUACAGAUACUUGGCGAGCGCAUGACGCGGAGAUUCGUGAUGCAGCAUGGAAUGGACCAUUUACUGGCCAGCAUAUCGGCACCGUUGGGGAGGACAUGAAAUUUAAACUAUGGCAAGAAGACGUUACGCAAUCCCGCAAUUCUGGGCGACGCUUCCGGAACAUCUUCCGCCUUACUUCGCCCAUUCGUACGCCCUACGUCUCGCUGGACUUUCGAAACAUUGAUCUAGAAUCUUGGCUUGCUCUAAUCACGCGCGAUGGCCUUCUUACCGUCCUAGAACCUGUUGGUGCGGAUAACCUCUCGGAGUGGCAGCAGCUGGACCAAUUUCGCGUUUGCUCGGAGCCCUCGAGAGGUGAUGAGACAAGCUUCAAGGUCCAGUUCCAUCAUGACCCUAUGGACAUGACACAUAUGAUUAUGCCUUCUUGGGACAGUAAGAGCUUGUCCCUUGUGGUUGCAGCGAUGAAUACCGUUAAGGUGUAUCGAAUGGCUGCGAGUAGGAAAUUCUACCACGCCAUAGAGUUAACCGGCCACACAGGUCUCGUGCGAGAUAUCGCAUGGGCGAACGGUUCUGUCCGUGGAUUCGAUAUAAUCGGCAGUGGAUCAAAGGAUGGCACUAUCAAGAUAUUUGAGAUAUACACGUCUGUUACAAAUGGCGGGAAUAAUAGCCAGAAUGGGUCUACAAAUAACAACGCAUCUCGGACCCCGACACACUCCGGCAUUGGAACUGCGCUUGCGAGCCAAACAACCACGGCGCUUGUAGAUUCGAGAAAGAACAGCGAGAGUCCGUUUAAACAUACGUUUAGAGAGGUCGCUUCGAUUGAUAGUAAACACCUUGAUGUUUGGCAGGUUCAGUUUUCUCAUGCAGGUGAUUGCCUGCUCUCCUCUGGAGACGAUGGUUCUCUCCGGUUCUGGAAACGAGCUACCUCGGGAGACUGGUUAGAGUUCGCAGAAACCUCAAUGGACAACAACUAG